GCUUAUACAGAUAAUACUCUUAAUAAUCUAUCAGACUCACUAGCCAAACAACAUACAACAGCAUCUAAACUCAGCUUUCAUUAUACCAAUAUUUACAACCCAUAUCAUAUUUUACAAUAUGAUGAUGAAAAGUUCACUGUUGAACUUCCAACUCGCUAUCAUCAGCCCCAAGCCACUUGGCCUAUUAAGGAAGAAACCUGUGAGGACAGAGCGAGAAGGCUGAAACUCGGGGUACGUGGAACACCAAACACUGAAAUUGGAAGUAUUACGAUACGAAACCCGCAAUCUGGAAGUUAUAGGCAAUCUAUAACGCAACACGGCAGCCUGUACCAACACACGGGAGUACCUACCUAUAAGGUAACGGGAAUUGGCAGCAUACUAACUAAACUAAGCAUUAAUGACGAGGCUUAUCCUGGAUCAGCAUGGAGCCUACUUGUAGGACUCACCUGA